UGGUACGCGCAGUUAGCUCAAAGCGCAGUGAGAGUUAGCAGCCUAAAGAUUGAUCCGAUAGAUAGAUAAUGAUUUCUGCAAAGAUCGACUGUAUCCUGAGAACAGCAAUCCAGUCCGGGUUUCCCCGCCGCCUCACGCCGACGUCCAUUAAAUAUCCUGAAGUUGACUGGAGAGUGCAGGACGAGUUAGGCAGAGCUGCCGUGAAUGGAUUGACAUCAGAAGGAUUUGCCUUUUAUGAGGUGCUUUAGUGUCUGUGGCAGUAUGUCAGUGUUACAGGUCAGAGAUACGCUGUGAAGAGGUUAUUCACGCGAGCCUAGGGAAGAUCCACCGAAGAGCAAUGCUGAAGGAUCGCUCGUGUCGAUCAGGCGGGGAAUAUUAUUAGCCCUCAGACACUGCAUCUGUCUCUCCGGUAGCCAUUCAUCCAUAUGUCAUCAGUGGGAAAAAUGUCAAUGUGAUCUUACUCGAAACAGGGAACAUUACAUGAAAGAUCUGAAAAGUACUGUUGCCCAGAGUCAUCGUUAUACUGUUUCCCAUGCCGGCUAUCCUGAACUCCUCCUUUCUCACCCUUACUUGCUUCAGCUAUGCCUCAUACUCCCAAAGCACCCAAGAAGUCAUCUUGUGCAUCCAAAAAGCAAAAUGUUAGGAGGGUGAAAGCUUCCACGACUAGGAGGCAAAAGGUCAACUUUCUCAAAGCCAAUGGUGAGAUCAAGAAGGCCAUAGACAAGAAACAGGCAGCCAAGGCGGCCCAGAGGACUGCUGUCAGCAAGCCCAGCAAGAGGACAGUCAAGAAUGUCCUCAUUGUUAAAGGAUCCAGGCACACUCGUGGUUCUGUGAACCAAAAUGGCUUGUUGUCAAAACGUAAUGGGAAAGGGAAGUCACCUCGCAAUAGUGUCUCGUGUCCGAGGGAAGUUGAGUCCUACAGGAGAGUGGUUACAAAGAAAAAGAGAGGUCUGGAGAUCAGGGAACAGGAUACUGAUACUAAAAGGUCAGAAGUUCAUGAUCCUAAUGGUGAUGGACAACAAAAGGGUGCUGUAAUUCUCACUGGAGAGGGACAGAGCGUCAACAUAAGCUCAGAGCAAACUGCAGAGGAUCACAGAGAGACUGUUGUUCACAACACUGACAAGGCAGAGGAAGAGACAGUGAAAGCAGGCACAGAAACUGUACAAAACGAAAGCUGCUCUGCUCCUAGCGAGCAGCCGAACUCGGCGUUUGUUGAGCAGCGUGACCCUCUUGACCCCAUCAAUAAUGUGGACUCUUCCUACAACAAUAAUACCUCAAGCCCAACAACUCCCUCCCCUUCACAAUCAGAUAAGUAUGUUUCAGGUCAAACUGAGGAGGUUGAACUCAUCGUUCCACACAUAAACUUUCCCGACAAUUCUUUUCAAACCACUCCAGAAAACUCCUUGGAAGCAGGUGAGACUGUAGCCUCCCAAGUGUGUCAGUCCUCCAAUGAAUCACCAGCACUUGAAAACAUUGCAAAUGCUCCCCAGAAAGAAAAAAAUGAGUUUGAAAGCACUGCAGAUGUGGACACCAAAGAUGAAAUUGACGAUGCUGAAAUGUCAAUGAAGAAAGAAGGAGCGCUUUCUCUCCUCUCGCUGAGCAUGACCAUUUACAACAGCACUCUUUGUGAAAUGGGCCGUGGGCCUCAGGCGACGGCGUCACUCUCCAGUAGCACAGAAAGCACCCAGUCCUCAUUUGACAGCGACUCAAAGUCGGUUCUGGGGCGCAGGGAGUCAGGAAACCCUCCUCUCCAAACUGAGGAUAUUCAACUGCAUUUACUUCAAGUUCAAGAGAGGAGAGACAAGAAAAAGAGAAUUCAUUGCGAUGUUUGCACACCCUGCCUGUGCAAUAUCAACUGCGGGGAAUGCAGGAGUUGCCAGAACCGAAAAAUGGGCCAUCAGAUCUGUAAGCUCAGGAAAUGUGUUGAGCUGAGGAAAAAGCCACACAUGAUCUGUCCGAGAGAGGUUGAGUCAGAGGCAAACUCAGUAAAUGGCACAAGCUCAGAGCAGAUGGAGGAGACCUGUGCGACACCAGAGGAAGAGGCCCAUUACAUAUCCUUAACACACAAUGUUCCACCUGAUGUUCCCACGCCUCUCCAGCAUGGCUUGUUACCAGCCCCUAGUGGAAAGGAGCCCGGGACCACUGAUGUACUACUCCCUCAUAAAAGUUCUCUAACCUCUCAUAAUGGUGCUGAACACAUGAAACCAAACACUGAGAGACAUGUGGAUCCCACUGAGCCACAUGCCACGUUCCAUAGAUCCAUGUUUAAGAAGAGUCAUGAAUCCGAGUCCAUUCAAGAACAGACUUUUCCUCUGAAGAAGAUCAAACUGGAGGAGCAAUGGGUUGAGAUUGAUGACCCACUCUCAAAGCACUUAGAGACUAACGGGUGCUACGAAGAUGCUUUAUCUACCCUAGCAGCUGUGGUCUGCUUCUCCAGUAUGGACAGAAAAAGUCUCGAGGAGAGGCUUUACGGGCCUCAUGCGUGUUUAAAAACUGAGCCGAAAGAAGAACCAUAUCAGUGUCAGUUAAAUCAAGGAGAAAGCCCAGAAGAACCUCCUCAGAAUGAUAACAUUGCACUAUCUUUACCCAGUGUCCAGUCUCUGGUCCAGUAUAGGAAUAUAAGCAUUGAUCAGGCUAUAGCUAUUGAGGCCUUGACCCAACUGGCAGCUACCCCUCAAACAGUGCCCUUUGAAAUGGAAAACCAGAGUCAGGACGCUCAGCGAGAAACGUCUACAUGCUCCGCUUCAAGCAACCACAUACCUCUUCAAGAGGCUAAACCAGUUUCAGAUGUUUUCUCUAAUAAGGUCUCUGUAAUCAGUUCAUCAUUGCAACAGACUUCCGUCAUCUGCAACCCUCUGAAGAGGCCAGCCAACUUCACCCAAAGUCAAAAUCAGCACUGUGCGUCUACCUCCAGAAAACUUUCCUUGAAGGAUCUUCUGGCGGCCAGCUCAGAAUGUGAAAAGCUAUCGUAUACUGCGGAGAACCGCAGAAACGGCCAAGCACUUUGUAAAGCGGACAGGUUAGAAGGCACUUUCAAGAAGUAUAAGCAUGGAGAAGCCACUCAGAUCUCCAGAAAGAGGGACGAGGAGGAAGUUGCGGCUCAAUUGGUGCAGCUUGCGUUCAUGAUCGAAUCCCGGCAGAUGCAACUCUCGGAAAACAGUCCGCCAAAAGGUAUGCCAACUCAGACCAUGAAAUACAAUCAUAAUUAUUCAGGGCAGCACUUGAAAAAGCAAAGGAAACCUAAAGUGACGCCAUCAAAACCCAGGAUGUCUAAGAAGAAAGCUGCUGAGAUCGAGGGCAACCAUUGUAGGAUUCCGUUGGCCAAGAGGACGCCCAACAGGAAAACCCCACUCAAGGCCACCAUUCAGAAAGCCAUUUUGCAACAAAAGAUGAGGUUCCAGCACAAGAGGAGUCCGUUUCUUCCCCAAGCGCAGAUAGACCUGAAAAAGUACAUAGUGGAGGCUCAUCACGAGAACAGGCAGCUCUUAUACUACAGCAGCUCUCUGAAGAAAGAGCACUUUGAAACAAUUUUAGGUUCUGGUAAGCAGAACGGCUUUCACUUUAAAUACGAGCAUGGAGCUCAAAGUCAUUCUUUACCGCCACCAAACGGACUCUUUCACAAUCAUACGAAUGACCAUCUAGGUGCUAGCCAGUGGCCAAGGCAUGAAUGUGAACAACAAAUGAUUUCUCAGGUAUCAAAAACCUACGAUGUGCUAAAUCAUGGUGCUAAACAACAACCUCAGCAAACCAUGGGCAGUGAACCCUGUAAAGACUUGCCCCAAAGCCCAGGGAUGUACCAUAAAGCCAACGGCUUUAAUGAUCAUCAACACUUGCACACGAAUCAAAAUGGAUUUCACAAAGUGGAGAAGUCUGGAGGUGUUACUGUGUUGUCCACAUCCAGUGUACAUUUGGAGAAUGGUGAUGUGGCAUACACUGGAGAACAGACUCCUACCAAGCACACGAUCAACAGCUUUUUGGAGUCUCCGAUGAGGUUCCUGGACACACCGACCAAGAAUCUCCUCAACACCCCCUCCAAACAAACCACAGAGCUGCCCUCCUGUGACUGUGUGGAACACGUAAUUGAGAAAGAGGAGGGUCCGUACUACACUCACCUUGGAUCUGGCCCGAAUGUAGCAGCUGUGAGAGAGAUGAUGGAGAACAGAUAUGGCGAGAAAGGCAAUGCAGUCCGUGUGGAGGUUGUUGUGUAUACUGGCAAAGAAGGGCGGAGCUCACAAGGUUGCCCAAUCGCCAAGUGGAUCAUACGUCGAAGAAGUGAGGAGGAGAAGUUGCUGUGUCUUGUGCGGCAGCGUGCUGGUCACUGCUGUCAGAACGCAGUGGUAGUCAUUCUCAUCCUGGCCUGGGAGGGGAUCCCACGCAGUAUGGCUGACAGGCUGUACCAGGAGCUCACACAGACUCUCUGCAAAUAUGGCUCGCCCACUAGCCGCCGCUGUGCCCUCAAUGAAGAUCGCACUUGUGCGUGUCAGGGUCUGGAUCCAGAGACCUGCGGUGCCUCUUUCUCGUUUGGUUGCUCCUGGAGUAUGUACUUCAAUGGCUGCAAGUUUGCACGCAGCAAAACGCCCCGGAAGUUCAGACUGCAGGGAGACUAUCCUGGGGAGGAGGAGAAGUUGGAUAAAAACUUGCAGAAUCUGGCAUCAGAGUUGGCCCCCGUGUACAAGAAACUUGCCCCUGUGUCCUUUCAGAACCAGGUGGAGCAGGAGCAGCAGGGGCAGGACUGUCGGCUGGGCAGGACUGAAGGUCGGCCGUUCUCUGGUGUGACUGCAUGUGUGGACUUCUGCGCUCAUGCCCACAAAGACACACAUAACAUGACCAAUGGAAGCACUGUGGUAUGCACUUUAACCAAGGAGGAUAACCGUGCAGUGCGGAACAUUCCAGAAGACGAGCAGCUGCACGUCCUGCCGCUCUACAAGAUCUCUGACACGGAUGAGUUUGGCCAUGUUGAGGGCCAGUGGGCCAAAAUAAAAUCUGGGGCACUGCAAGUCCUCUCUGCUUUCCCAAGAGAGGUGAGGAUGUUGGCCGAGCCUGUCAAAUCGGCACGCAAGAGAAGGAUGGAGGCUAAAAGAGCCCAUGCUGAGAAACUAAGCGGCCUGCACAGUAAGCAGGGCACUCCUGUGAAAGUGAAGAACGAGCAUCUUAAAGGUUUCAAACAAACCUCUGUUGAACAUUCACCAUGUUUGGAAAAGGAUACUCGUAAUUUAAGUUCCAGCAUGCGAUUAUCUGGUGUUCCAGGCAUUGGAGACCAAUUCUCAAACUUCCGCUCUACUGUCCCGUACAACCAGAGUAACACAUGCCGCACUCCUCCUGUGGCCUCCAGCUUUGGCAUGUCCACACACCCAGAGUCCCCUCGACCGCAUGAUCUCCCAGGAGGAACGGGCCACAGCAAUGGCUCUCCUUCUCAUAGACAUGGGCUCGAGAACAUCAGGCACAUGUCUGAACCGUUCAGGAGCUCGUAUCCGAACGAUCCUCUGAGAACCAGUUCGAAAUAUUCUCCCUCGUUCAAAUCCGAGCCUGAGGAGAUGCGGUGCUUCCAGGGCGGCGCAGCUCCCACCCCGCUCUCCCCGCCCACGGCCGAGGGUCUCCACAGUCGCUUGAACCUGGAGGACCACCGGAACCCUCCAGUUACGCCGCGACCCCUGACCCCAGUGGAGGAAGUGUGGUCGGACAGCGAGCACAAUUUCCUCGACAGGAACAUCGGCGGGGUCGCGGUGGCUCCUUCCCACGGCUCCAUCCUGAUCGAAUGCGCUCGACGGGAACUGCACGCCACCACGCCCAUCCUGCGGCCCAACCGCACGCAUCCCACCCGCAUCUCCCUGGUCUUCUACCAGCACAAGAGCCUGAACGCUCCAGGCCACGGCCUGCAACAGUAUGAGGCUAAAAUGGCCGAGAAGGCCAGGGAGAAAGAGGAAGCCGAGCGUCUGGGACUCAACAACAGGUCAAAGGAGAUGGAUUGGGAUACAGAGAGCGAAAACGCGACUUAUCCAGAAGAGAGACACAAGCUUCAGGUUCCAACCCGUCAAUCGCUAACAGUUCCGCGCGACGGCGUCGUCAUGUCAGCGCCCUACUCCCUCACGCACGUCACUGGGCCUUACAACCGCUGGACGUGAAAUUCUCUGUGCUUGUCUAGCUAAUGCCUUACCUCAGCUAGUUCUCAUCCUUUCAUGCCCAUGCUCUUCUUCAGUUGUGCUCUUCAUCUCAGCUUUUACGAAGAAAUAGACUACCGUUUAUGGGUUUUUAACUGUGAGUUUUGGUGUGUAUGUCUGUGUUUUUUUUUGUUGUAAAGAGAUGGUGCUCAGAACAGAUGUUAUAAAACUGGUUUUAUACAUAUAGAUGAAAUUAGUGCAUAGAAGAUGUGAUUAUUUAUUCUGAUCAUUUUCAAGACUAUUUUGUAAUUUAAUUUCGGUUCCAAGCCUGUUUACUGCAAUAGGAGUAUGUCAUCCUUUAAAUGAUGUGUGUAGUAAACACUCCGAAUUGACAUUGUCAAAUGUGAAUUCCGUAUUCUCGUCUCAGCCUUGGGUGCUGUCUUGUCCGACACUCGGUAGUUGCUAUUUUAUGAUGCCAUUGUAGCAGUAAUUUUAAAUGACCAAUAUUGACCAAAACAGGAACUUUACAUCAGUUUUUUGUAUAGGUAUGAAGGUACAUUGUUCCAGCAUUGUAAGACAUUGUUGGGGGUAAUGCAUUGCAAGUAACACAAGUUACAUAAUCAGAUGACUUUUUUCAAGUAACUAGUAAAGUAACAAAAUAUGUUACUUUUUAAAAAUAAAUAAACUGACACCUCUCCUGUCCACGUGUUGAGAUAAACUGGGAGUUCCAGAGGCUUAUUAGUUUCCCUUUUGGUGUGAAAUGGCCUUUACAGUUGCCAAAAAUUUAACUUUUGAGGUUUUUGUUAUUAACAAACAAAUAAGCAAGCCUAGCACAAGUGACAAAAAGUAACACAAAAGUAUCGUAAUGCAUUACUCUCCAUAAAAAGUAUCUAAUGCAAUAGUUACUUACUUUUUUAUGCAGUAAUGCAAUAUUGUAAUGCAUUACUUUUAAAAGUAACUUUCCCCAACACUGUAAUAUGAGACAUAGCUAUGGCAUCCUUUCAAAAAGCACUUUGUAUCUUCAGACCAACUUGACCUUUGAAGUUUCCAAUAUGCACGUUUGCUUUAUUCAUCAUCAAGUAUCUAUCUAUAGUCACGUUUUUGGUAUCAUGAUUAUGAAACUUUGCAUAUUUAAGCAAUAAUCAUGGAAGGGUUAAUGCUGCAUUUUGACAACGUGUCCAAACUGGUUAAUUUCUGGCACUUAUGUAAAAUUCUAUAUUAUUUGGUCCCAAAUUUUGAGUUCUUUUUUCUUUUUUUAACUCCCAAAGAGGUUGAAACAUGACUUGAAAUAGCUUAAUCAUUUUAUACAAAUUCAAGCGUGUUAUGUUAGAACGAAUUUACUGUAUGUUUUUCACUGGUGCUUCUAAAGAGAUCCCAUGACACCUCCUGAGAUGUUUUUAUUUGAAAUCAACAUUCUUUGGUGCGAGGGCUGGGGUGGAUCAGUGUCUGUGCAUUUUUAUACACAUGUACGUUUGGUUUUAUUUAGGUGCAUUGAAUGAAAAGAUCAAUUUUAUGACUUUGUAAUUGCAUAUGUAUCCAGAGGCCUAGUCAAGAUAUUGGCUCAAAAGAAAGGUUUACAUUACUCUUACAUGAGGGUUAAAGUGAACAUAUGGCUAAGAAAUGUCUUGUUAAUUUCAUCUUUAUGGUGCUAAAGAGUGUACGUCAGUGUUCAGAACCAUCGUACACCCAAAAUGCUGUGCUUCAGCACUUGAAACAACAUCUUGGCAUGUAGGUUGUGAGAAAUGUUACACAUUGUCUCUGAAAAUGUGUUUCAACUAGUACUCUAGCUGCGACAAAGAUAGAAAAGCUCAGCAGUAACCCAAUGUGAACCUAUGUUUUGGGGAACUUGAAGUCACAGAGUGGCAUGGGUACGUUCACGCUACUGUCUCUUCAAUUAAAUCUAUUUUUGCUGAACAAUGAUACUGUUGUUUUUGUGUAAAACCAUCAUGUGUAACAAAAAGAAGACGAUGUUGUAACCCUGAGUUGAGUUUGUAUAUAGCUCAGGGAAGGUGCUCAUCAGUGGUGCUUAUUCAUAGUACCAGAGUCCCCUAGCAUUGACAAAUUUCAUGUAGGUGACUCGCUAGUUCUGGAUCUUUCUUUUUGGCCGGUGCUGAAUGUUUUACUCAGCUUGAAUAUCAUUAGAUCAUGCUAUAUUAUUGAGUGUUUUUCCUCUUGACUUUAUGUGGCACAAAUAAAACUAUGACCUCACAGUCCCCUGAUGGUAAUUGACUGACAUUGAAAUGCCAGCACUAUGAACAUCAGAUAAGCCUAAGGGAAUUACCAAUGCAAUUCGAUUCAAUGCUCACUGAUUUUAUGCAUUUUUCUAAGCUAUUGUUUUCCAAGCUCUUGUUUUAUGUGAAUUAUGGGUUGUUUUUUUGUCUCGCUAGUUAAAAAAAAAAAAACUGCAUUUCUGUGUAAAUUACAGUAGAUUUAUAAUUGAUUUAUUAUACUAUAAACUCGUUUUGUUAGAUUUGGCUCAUUUGAUCUUAUUUGAGUUCAGAUGAUUUAACAUGGCUCUCAUUGCAACAGUCUAAUAAAAAAAAAAAAAAAAAAGUGACAUUCCUUUUUAAGUUAAUAUAUGCACAUUAGGCGUCUCUUGCAUGUUUUUCCUCUUUUUUUUGUUGUUGUAUUUUCCCUCUUUUCUCAGGUCUCCCAUGUAAUUUGGACACAAGCUUCUACGAUUUUUGCAUUGUCUUCCAAUUAAAUUCUCCAGAAUUUUAAUUUACGUUAUGUUUUAUAAAAUGGAAAGGUUUCCCUUACAACAUUUUCAUGUAUAUUAUCAUCUUGACAGUUCUCGUCUGUAUAUGUUGAAUGAAAGCUGAAGUGUGUAGUUUCUGCUCCACUAGCAUCAUCAGACAAAACUGCAUUAAUAAUAAUGACUAUUUUCUGGCAGUUUUCUCAGAUAGUCAGGCAAAUCGAUUGAUUGAUUAAUCCAAUGCAAUUAUCUCAACCAAUGAUUUGAUUGCAGCUCAGAGAUGCAGAUGUUACAUUUUUGGGGAAUUAAACCUACCAUUGGCUUAUUUACUUUUUUUUUUAAUCUGAAUAUUGAACUAGAGUUAUUUUAACAUUGGAAAAAAAAUUACACACUUCAGCUUUAAGUUUGAAUGUAAGCCAUUAUGGGCACUGUUAUAAUGUAGAAUUUUAAACCUCCUCUUACCUACAAAACAAACAAGAGCAUAUGAUGACUUGAAGACCUGUUCAUUUUGUGACUUGAAAUGAUCUGUCAAGGAAAGAAACACCAGCUUUUGAGAAAAUAAAAUGCACAGUAGUUGUACAGCA